AUGUCUGGGCGCGGGAAGCAGGGCGGCAAGGCGCGCGCCAAGGCCAAGACGCGCUCGUCGCGGGCCGGGCUGCAGUUCCCCGUGGGCCGCGUGCACCGCCUGCUGCGCAAGGGCAACUACGCCGAGCGGGUCGGCGCCGGCGCGCCCGUGUACCUGGCGGCCGUGCUGGAGUACCUGACGGCCGAGAUCCUGGAGCUGGCGGGCAACGCGGCGCGCGACAACAAGAAGACGCGCAUCAUCCCGCGCCACCUGCAGCUGGCCAUCCGCAACGACGAGGAGCUCAACAAGCUGCUGGGCAAGGUGACCAUCGCUCAGGGCGGCGUGCUGCCCAACAUCCAGGCCGUGCUGCUGCCCAAGAAGACCGAGAGCCACCACAAGGCCAAGGGCAAGUGAAGUGGAGGGUUCGGAUCUUUUUCAACUUCAACCAAAGGCUCUUUUCAGAGCCACCCACAUUUCCACUAAAAGAGCUUGCUUGUA